AUGACUACGUCCGCAGUCCAUAUUGAGGUCGUCUCAGAUUACGCAGCCGAUGGAUUCAUCGCUGCGUAUCGUCGCUUUGUUGCCCGGCGUGGACUCUGCAAGAACUUGUUCUCAGACUGCGGAACGAACUUCUUGGGAGCCGACCAGGAAUUGAAGAAGCUCUUCUCAAUGGCGUCUAAGGAAUCGAACAAACUAGCCCAACUCUUGCUCAGCGAUGGAACCAGAUGGUCUUUAAACCCUCCAGGUGCACCGUACUUUGGAGGCAAAUGGGAAGCCGCGGUAAAGUCGGUGAAGUUCCAUCUCAAACGAACGAUCGGCGAUGCCCUAUUGACCUACGAGGAACUCACUACUUUACUCGCGCAGAUCGAAGCCAUGCUCAAUUCGCGACCACUGGAACCGCUAUCAGAAGAUCCUGAUGACGUCAGCACGCUNACAAACUAG